AUGCCGUCCACACACAAUAAAGAUAAGCCCUGGGAUGUCGAGGGUAUUGAUAAAUGGAAGGAAGAGCCAUUUUUGCCUGAAGAUAACAAAAGUGGCCAGCCUUUUCUGGAGGAGAGCAGUUUCGCUACUCUGUUCCCCAAAUACAGAGAAGGGUAUUUGAGAGAGGUGUGGGGAGAUGUCACGCGUGCUCUUGAUACUAAAGGUAUAGCAUGUGUAUUGGAUUUGGUCGAAGGAUCAAUGACGGUCAAAACGACAAGAAAGACAUAUGAUCCAGCAGCCAUUCUGAAAGCCCGUGAUCUCAUUAAACUGCUAUCACGAAGUGUUCCUUUCCCACAGGCUGUUAAGAUUCUCCAAGACGAUAUUGCUUGUGAUGUUAUCAAGAUUGGUAAUUUUGUGAACAACAAAGACCGAUUUGUCAAGCGUCGUCAGAGAUUACUAGGACCCAAUGGUAACACUCUUAAAGCUCUGGAACUGCUGACCAAAUGUUAUAUUCUGGUUCAAGGUAACACAGUUUCGGUGAUGGGACCAUUUAAAGGACUGAAGGAAUGCCGACGAAUCGUCGAGGACUGUAUGAAGAAUAUCCACCCUAUUUAUCACAUUAAAGAGCUCAUGAUCAAGCGUGAACUGGCACAAAAACCCGAGCUGGCCAAUGAGGACUGGAGCCGAUUCCUGCCCCAAUUCAAGAAACGCAGUGUGGCUCGUAAGAAGCCUGCCAAGAUCAGGGACACCAAAGAAAAGACAUACACACCAUUCCCACCUGCUCAAACCCCACGAAAGAUCGAUUUGCAAAUCGAGUCCGGAGAAUACUUCCUCAGCAAGAAAGACAAGGAACAAAACAAGCUCGACGAGAAACGCGAAAAACGAGAAGCUGCCAAGGCCGAAAAAGACAAAGAAAGAGCCAAAGACUUCAUUGCUCCCAAAGAACCCAUCUACAAACCCUCUUCCGAAACCUCGUCCAAAAAGAGAAAAACAACCGACGGCGACGAAACCAAGACCAAAAAGUCUAAAAAGUCCGCCAACUGA